AUCGUCAGGGGCGAUAAUGGUCUUUUCCGGUCACACGUUUUCACGCUUCGCGUUUCACUCCCCCCUUUCUGGUUUUCUUUGAUAUCGUCUUUCUCUUUCUCUCUUUCUCUCUUACUCCGAGCUUCCAGAAAUACGAUACGGUGCCGUCCUUACUCCAGUUCAUACAUCUCUGAGAGAGAGAACCACAGCUUCACUUGUUCUUCCUAUAGUGGGAACUGAUUGAAUGGGUUCUAAGAAGAAGAAUAAAAACCAGACACAAAAGGAACAACCGACCCAACCAUACAACUGCAGUGUACCUGCUCGUAACUUACCGAAGAGUGAUCUUGGAGCGGUCAUUUUUGGCUGUAAAGGCCAUACAAUUGACGAAUGCUUUUCCAAACUCUUAUUUGGACUGCCAUUUGGACAUUUUGCAUAUGUCAAGAAGGUUAGUCCUGGCCUUCCGCUUUUUCUUUUUAACUACAGUGAUCGGAAGCUUCUGGGAAUAUUUGAGGCUGCUGGCCCCGGAAAACUAAAUAUUGACCCAUAUGCAUGGACCAAUGGCACUGACCAUGAAACAGAAUUUCCUGCACAGGUGAAAAUUAAAACGUUCAAGAAGUGCUAUGCUUUGAAAGAAGACCAAUUUUACCCUGUCAUUGCUGAUAACUACUAUGAUCAAACUCAGCCACACUAUUUUUGGUUUGAGAUGGACCAUUCUCAAACAGCUAAGAUGAUCAAUUUGUUUUUGUCUUCAUCUCUUCCUUAUGCUCACCCGUAUCAUCACCAUAAACCUACAACUGAAGCCAUCUGUUCUAUUCCAAACAACAUUUAUAAUGCUCCUUUGCCUUAUGGCGGUAAACCGCACAGUGCACCUACAAGUGAAGCUCUUCCACAAAAUGAUGCCCAUGCUUCCUCUGAACAGAAAACAUGGAGCUCUCUGUUCAAAUAUGAUACAUCCUCUGAUAUGGUGAACAAAUAUGAGCUUUUGAAGAUCGCGUCUUCACGUCCAACUUCACCCUUGUCAGAGCAUUACAAUGGUGGAGAAUGGGAGUCUUGUACAUCACCUUCAAUAACCAAAAGUGAACUCCAUGAGGUAUGUGAAGAGGAGAUUGAGGGAGAUAAAGAAAGUAUUCAUCCAUUUAUUGAGGCUCCCGGAGUCUAUUCUGGCGAAUGGGAGGUAGAGGAGGUUGCAGGAGAUGCAGACAAUAUUCCAUCAUUUCUUCAGGCUCCUGAAUAUUCAGUGGACGGGAGUUCUUCAACCGAACUGAAUGGGAUAUGCGCAGAGGAGGACAGUGAUGAAAGAUAUGAAGAGCCAUUUGUUGAAGCUCCUGAUAUUCUAUCAAGGCUGAUGCAAGAGGUUCACUUACUGAAGGAGAGGCAAAUGAAGCAAGAAGAAAAAAUUCAGACUCUUGAGAAGGAGCUGGUUCAGUCAAGAGAUGAACUUCAAAAGUUACGAAAUCAGCAUCAUGCAUUGGAAGCAACCCCAUUGCCUUCAAGCCAACAGUUUGAAGGAUAUUAUUGUGAAACACUUAACUGCUCUGAUAAGAUGGACAGCCAUGUGCUAGUAGUUGGAGGGUUUGAUGGUUCUAAUUGGUUGCCUUUUAUGAGUUCCUACUCUCUUUUGAAUGAUCGCAUGGAGUCCGUCACCAAGAUGACGUUUCCGCGUACAUAUUGUUCUGUAGUAGAUUUGAAUAGUGAGGUUUAUGUAUUUGGUGGCAUGUAUGGUGAGGUGUGGUAUGACACAGUCGAAGCAUAUAAUCCUGGGAGAAAUGAGUGGUGCAAACGACCCUCGCUAAAUCGCAAGAAAGGAAGUCUGGCUGGAGUAUCUUUGCAUGGCAAAAUUUUUGCAAUUGGUGGGGGAAAUGGUGUGCAUUGUUUUUCAGAGGUGGAAAUGCUAGAUUUGAACAUUGGAAAGUGGUUGCAUUCUAAAUCAAUGAUUGAGAAGCGCUUUUCAACAGCAGCAACAGAAAUUAAGGGUGCACUCUAUGCAGUUGGUGGCUUUGAUGGAAAUGCUUAUUUAAAAUCUGCUGAAAGAUUUGAUCCAAGGGAGCAUACAUGGAGAAAAUUAGGUGACAUGAAGACGAGAAGAGGGUGCCACUCUUUGGUUGCUUAUAAUGAGAAAUUAUAUGCACUUGGCGGGUAUGAUGGAGACCGAAUAGUCCCAAGUGUUGAAGUUUUUGAGCCUCGUGUUGGUUCCUGGACAGUGGUGGAUCAGAUGAAAUAUUGUAGAGGCAACUUUGGAGCCGUUGACAUUGGCGGGAAGAUAUAUGUACUUGGAGGGUUGACCAAUGGGGAUGAUGUUCUAGAUACAGUGGAGUGCUAUGAUGGCUACGAGUGGAAGCCUACCAACCUUAGGGGUUUGGGGAAGCGAUGUUUUUUCUCAUCCCUUGUGUUGUGACUGCUGUGCAGCGUCCCUGGUUUCUAGGAGAUAUAUAUUUUGCAAAUGAUGAUGAUGAUGACGAUAAUGGCAUGGUAUAAAAAUUACAUGUGACUAAGAAAGCAUGAGGAAGUUGCUUAGGAUGGGUUGUAGUUAAUUUACCCCAGUGCAUAUAGGGUAGUUGAGAAGGAUAGAAAGCUAAUUUGAUGUAGGUGACAUGCAAAAGAGACAAUAUUCCUUGGCUGUAUGUUUUGUCACACCAUAUGAUUUCAUUACCAUGCGAUUGAUUACUUUACAAUUUGUGGUCA